GCUGCAGCGGGAGGGUGCUGCGCUCACACACAAACUCACGCUGUGCCUGACACACACUCACCGCCCAGCUCCGCUCUUUCCACUGAGCCUUUCCCAUUCACAACAGCACGGCAGCGGCAGCAGCGGCAAUCCUGCCGCUCACACCCUCCUGCAGCAGCAGCAGCACGUUGGAGUUACUAGGCUCAAGCAGUUUGCUCUUUAUUUCUAGUUGGGGGGGAGUAUCUUGGGGGAUGCUGAGGGAAGAAAUCUCUGCUGCAGAAUGUUGCCUAACCAUCCCUGAAGGAAGUUAGGAGAGGAACUCUGCAGAUUGAACUGAUUAGAGAGAGAGGGAGGGAGGCAGAAUAGCCAAACCCAACCAAUGUUUUUCCUGCAAAGUGCUGAGAAGUUUGUGGAACACUUUCUAGGAAUCAGGUCCUUUUUCAAAGUAUUUUCCUCUUGUCUUCCGAAGAAAGAACUUGGCUUUGGAUUGCCAUGGAUCCUAAGGAGAGUCUUAGACACACUUGAAUAAUUCCUCUGCUUGAGCUGGAUUGGUGGGAAUUUAGGAGGCUGUGUGUGCAAAGCAGAAGCCUUUGGAGCUCUCUUUGCUAAUCUGGAUGGAUCUAAAAGUGUCAUCGUCAAGACCUUGCCAUCUGCAGCUUUUGCUUUUAAGAUUCCCCCCUUCACUUUAAUUAGCUGCUAGGAAAGUCUAAACUUUUGGACCUACCUCUUCUUGGUUUUGGGUACUUUUUUGUGUCACUCUGGGAUUGGUGUCUCAAGCCAUCUGGAUUGCUUUUAAUAUGUCAAAAUGGGUCUGCUGAUGCCACUCCUGCUCUUUGGAUUUGUAUAUUUUCAAGUUUAUGGAUCCCGUCUUCGCCAGGAGGACUUUCCACCACGGAUUGUUGAGCAUCCUUCAGAUGUGAUAGUCUCUAAGGGAGAGCCAACAACUCUGAACUGUAAGGCUGAGGGAAGGCCAACUCCCACUAUUGAAUGGUACAAGGAUGGAGAGCGAGUGGAGACUGACAAAGAUGACCCCCGCUCCCACCGUAUGCUGCUGCCCAGCGGAUCUUUAUUUUUCUUACGCAUUGUACAUGGACGCAGGAGCAAACCUGAUGAAGGAAGUUAUGUUUGUGUUGCGAGGAACUAUCUUGGUGAAGCUGUGAGUCGCAAUGCAUCUCUGGAAGUAGCAUUGCUACGGGAUGACUUUCGCCAAAACCCUACCGAUGUUGUUGUGGCAGCUGGAGAACCUGCUAUUCUGGAGUGCCAGCCUCCUCGAGGACAUCCUGAGCCCACAAUCUACUGGAAGAAAGAUAAAAUCCGCAUUGAUGACAGGGAAGAGAGAAUCAGUAUACGAGGUGGGAAACUAAUGAUCUCAAACACGAGGAAAAGUGAUGCUGGCAUGUACACUUGUGUCGGUACCAACAUGGUGGGCGAACGAGACAGCGAUCCAGCAGAGCUGACUGUCUUUGAACGACCCACGUUUCUCAGGAGACCAAUUAACCAAGUGGUUCUGGAGGAAGAGGCAGUAGAAUUCCGAUGUCAGGUCCAGGGGGAUCCUCAGCCAACAGUCCGGUGGAAGAAAGAUGAUGUGGAUUUGCCAAGAGGAAGAUAUGACAUCAAAGAUGAUUACACCUUACGCAUUAAAAAGGCCACGAGCACAGACGAGGGAACCUACACAUGCAUUGCUGAGAAUCGAGUUGGAAAAGUGGAAGCCUCUGCUACCCUCAUAGUUCGAGCUCGCCCUGUUGCUCCCCCGCAGUUUGUGAUAAGGCCACGAGACCAGAUUGUAGCCCAGGGUCGAACAGUGACCUUUCCCUGUGAAACUAAAGGAAAUCCCCAGCCUGCUGUUUUUUGGCAAAAGGAAGGCAGCCAGAAUCUACUCUUUCCAAACCAGCCUCUCCAACCCAACAGUAGGUAUUCAGUAUCACCAACAGGCGACCUCACUAUUUCCAACAUUCAACGAUCUGAUGCAGGCUACUACAUCUGUCAGGCGCUGACGGUUGCUGGGAGCAUUUUAGCAAAAGCUCAACUGGAAGUUACUGAUGUUUUGACAGAUAGGCCUCCACCCAUCAUUCUCCAAGGUCCAGCCAAUCAGACGUUGGCAGUAGAUGGGACAGCUUUGUUGAAGUGUAAGGCCACUGGCGACCCACUUCCUGUUAUUAGUUGGUUAAAGGAAGGAUUCACAUUCCUGGGCAGAGAUCCUAGAACAUCAAUACAGGAGCAGGGGACCUUGCAGAUUAAAAGUCUACGGAUAUCUGACACUGGCACUUACACAUGUGUGGCCACAAGUUCAAGUGGGGAGACAUCUUGGAGCGCUGUGCUAGAGGUGACAGAGUCUGGUGGAGCAACAAUCAGUAAAAAUUAUGAUUUGAAUGACCUUCCUGGGCCACCAUCCAAACCCCAGGUCACUGAUGUUACUAAGAACAGUGUCACCUUGUCCUGGCAGCCAGGCACCCCUGGAAGCUUACCAGCUAGUGCAUAUAUCAUUGAGGCUUUUAGCCAAUCUGUGAGCAAUAGCUGGCAAACAGUUGCUAAUCAUGUAAAGACAACACUCUACACUUUAAGAGGAUUGCGACCCAAUACAAUCUACCUGUUUAUGGUGAGAGCAAUCAACUCACAAGGUCUGAGUGACCCCAGCCCUAUGUCAGAUCCUGUCCGCACACAAGAUAUCAGCCCACCAGCACAAGGAGUGGAUCACAGGCAAGUCCAGAAAGAGCUAGGAGACGUCAUUGUACGGCUACAUAAUCCUGUUGUGCUGACACCCACUACAGUUCAAGUCACCUGGACAGUUGACCGCCAAUCCCAGUUUAUUCAGGGCUAUCGAGUAAUGUAUCGCCAAACAUCAGGCCUGUCUUCUCCAAUGGCAUGGCAGAAUUUGGAUGUGAAAGUCCCCACUGAGCGCAGUGCUGUCCUAGUCAACUUGAAAAAAGGGGUUUCUUAUGAAAUUAAAGUUCGACCCUAUUUCAAUGAAUUCCAAGGAAUGGAUAGUGAAUCAAAGUCUGCCCGUACUACUGAAGAAGCUCCAAGUGCCCCUCCGCAGUCUGUUACUGUUCUAACAGUUGGAAAUCAUAACAGCACAAGCAUCAGCAUUUCCUGGGACCCUCCCCCACCAGAUCACCAAAAUGGAAUCAUCCAGGAGUAUAAGAUCUGGUGCCUAGGUAAUGAGACUCGAUUUCACAUCAACAAAACAGUAGAUGCAGCCAUUCGCUCUGUAGUGAUAGGUGGCCUAUACCCUGGUAUUCAAUAUCGAGUGGAAGUUGCAGCAAGUACCAGUGCAGGUGUUGGAGUAAAAAGUGAACCACAACCCAUAAUAAUUGGAGGUCGUAACGAAGUUGUCAUCACUGAAAAUAACAACAGCAUAACUGAGCAAAUCACUGAUGUUGUCAAGCAGCCUGCUUUUAUUGCUGGCAUUGGUGGGGCAUGCUGGGUAAUUCUGAUGGGUUUCAGCAUCUGGCUGUAUUGGCGAAGAAAGAAGAGGAAGGGGCUGAGCAAUUAUGCUGUCACUUUUCAAAGAGGAGAUGGAGGACUAAUGAGCAAUGGAAGUCGACCAGGUCUGUUGAAUGCAAGUGACCCCAGUUAUCCUUGGCUUGCAGACUCUUGGCCUGCCACCAGUCUGCCAGUAAACAACAGCACUAGUGGACCCAACGAUCUUGGGAAUUUUGGUCGUGGAGAUGUGCUGCCACCAGUGCCAGGCCAAGGGGAUAAAACUGCCACUAUGCUUUCUGAUGGAGCCAUUUACAGCAGCAUUGACUUCACCACCAAAACUAGUUACAACAGUUCCAGCCAAAUCACACAAGCUACACCAUAUGCCACCACGCAGAUUCUGCAUUCCAACAGCAUCCAUGAGUUGGCAGUCGACUUACCUGAUCCUCAGUGGAAAAGCUCAAUUCAGCAAAAAACUGACCUCAUGGGAUUCGGUUACUCUCUGCCAGACCAAAGCAAAGGCAACAACGGUGGGAAAGGAGGAAAAAAGAAGAAAAACAAAAAUACUUCCAAGCCCCAGAAAAAUAAUGGGUCUAACUGGGCCAAUGUUCCUCUACCACCUCCUCCAGUGCAGCCGCUCCCAGGCACAGAGCUAGAGCACUAUGGAGAGGACCAGCAAGAAGCAGGAUAUGACAGUGAUGGUUGGUGUCCUCCUUUACCGGUUCAGACGUACUUACACCAGGGCCUGGAGGAUGAGCUUGAAGAAGAUGAUGACAGAGUGCCUACACCACCUGUCCGAGGGGUGGCCUCCUCACCAGCAAUCUCCUUUGGGCAACAGUCCACUGCAACUCUCACACCUUCUCCACGAGAGGAAAUGCAGCCAAUGCUUCAAGCCCACCUUGAUGAAUUAACCAGGGCCUACCAGUUUGACAUAGCAAAGCAAACAUGGCACAUCCAAAGCAAUACUCAACCUCCUCUGGCCCCAAUUCCACCACUUGGAUAUGUAGCUGGAACCCUUAUUUCAGAUUUGGAAACAGACAUUCCAGAUGAUGAUGAGGAUGAUAUUGAAGAAGAAGCUAUAGAAAUCACUAGGCCACUAAGAGGUCUAGAGCAUACUCCGGGAUCCAGUAUGGACAAUCUAGACAGCUCUGUGACAGGUUCAAUGGUAAAUGGAUGGGGUUCUGCGUCUGAUGAGGACCGUAACUUUUCUAGUCAUAGAUCUAGUGUAGGUAGCUCCUCAGAUGACUCGAUCUUUACCAGCGGCAGUUUUGCACAAGCACUGGUUGCAGCAGCAGAUAAAGCUGGGUUUAGGCUGGAUGGAACCAGCCUGACAAGAACAGGCAAAGCAUACCCUUCCUCUCAGCGACCUCGGCCAAGCAGCCCAUUUUCAACUGACAGUAACACCAGUGCAGCCCUGAAUCAGAGUCAGAGGCCUAGGCCUACUAAAAAACACAAGGGGGGUAGAUUGGACCAACCCCCAUUGCCUCAUCGCAGGGAGGGAAUGACAGACGAAGAGGCACUGGUGCCAUAUAGUAAGCCCAGUUUCCCAUCCCCAGGUGGUCACAGCUCUUCAGGAACAGCUUCUUCUAAAGGAUCGACUGGACCCAGAAAAGGCGAAGCCUUGCGAGGAGGUCACCAACGGAAUGCUAGUGACCUUCUUGAUGUAGGAUAUAUGGGAUCAAAUAAUCCAGGACAGUUUACUGGUGAAUUAUAGUAGUUGAGAAGAGACAUCCCAAGCUGCUCUGAAGGACCAUCAGGUCUGAACUCAUGGAAGUGAUGACACUAAACAGUGCAAUGAACAUUUUCUUUAUUUAUGUACUAUUAAAAGAACUGUAAAUGCAAUGUAAAGACACACAGCCACACAUAUCCCACAGAUACUUGUGUUCGUCUCUUUAAUACACCAUCCACCUUAAACUAUUUCUUGUCAGGAGUAUAUAAAAAAGAAAGAAAAAAAAAUCACCCUCCAGGAUGAAAAUGAUUUCCCUCUGUAUAUAAUUUCUUUUGUUGCAUUGCUAUGCAAGCUCACCUUCCUUUUAGCUAUGUUCAUAUUAUUGUCUGUUCUUAUUGGUCUGUUGUACUAUAUGUGAAUUAAUAGGCUGUGGUGCCAUAUAUUAACUUUUAAUUGUGUAACUUUUAUGUUUAAAGUUUGCACUGCAAUUUUAUUUGGUGAUAAGCACAAAACUCUACUCCUUGUGACAUGAAGAAGAAGAAGACUGAAUGUGUGAAGAACGUUUUACGUGCUGUAAGCUGUGUUGGAUAAUGCUGGAUGUAACGGAGUAUGGUAAAUGGUUUUCCAUUGGGGUGUAGAAAUAGGAAGAUGACAGGCAAAACUGAUGUUAGCAAAGAUGGCAGGGACAGAAUUAAAUCUUUUAAUAACAAGCAACAUAGUUGCUCUUACUAUUUAAAAAAAAAGGGGGGGUGUCAAAAGAUGAAAAUGUGAGUUUCAAGAGAGAAUAUGAAAAAAGAGACUACAGAGUUGAACUGUGACCUCUGAAUAGAAUGCUAAGCUUCUCAACUCUUAGGAUCAGUUUUUACCUGCCCAAUAUAAUUAAAUAAUGGAGGGCGAGGGAGUGGGGUAAAACUUGCUACAAACAAAAGAAAUUAAGGUGUUUCACUAAAGCUGUUUUUAUGUUACAUUUUAAAAAGAAUUACCAUAAUUAAUCUCUCAAAGCCAGCAUGUAAUGCAGAAAUCCCCCCAGGAAAAAGAAACAAUAUAAACUCUGGGAUUACCUAGCAAAUAGUUAAAGAUGCAAUUUAUUAUUGAGACAUAUUCAAGAUGCUUCUGAAAAAUGAAAUAUGUUGGAAUAUCUUAGUUCAUCUUUCCAAUACAUGUACAGUAAAAUAGAAGAUAGAGCUGCACCACUGAAAUUCAUUUACAUGAGUUGUUUUUAUGCAGUCUAGAAACUUUUGUGUUUUAUUAACUGAAGUCCUCAAUAACUGAAGUUGAUUCCACGGAAUUUGUAGCAAAAUUCUUAGUGUUUGAAAAAGAAAGCAAUGGUAAAAUUAUGUUCAGUUUGCAGUAAAUAUUUUUCUUUCAAUGCAAUAUGUUCUCAGAAAUUGGAUACAAACAAAAAAAUCUUUGACCUACUUUUAACGUGUGAAUUUAAACCCUACUAUAAUAACAAAGUAACGCAUGUUUAUACACUUUUUGAAUAAACCAAACUCUGUAAGUGGACAUUAAUAACAGCAUCCUGUCUCAUCAUUAGUUUUCAUGACUUUCUCUAGAUUUUCUGCACCUCCAAAAUCCCUAUGAGUAAAUUUUUCAAACAUUUGUUAGAAUACUCUACAUGUAUUGUAUACCACAUUCAUUCAAUACUUAAUUUAAAUAUUACAUUCUACAGCUUUUUUUCUAUUAAUCACCUAAUCAUGAAUGCAAGUUUGCAUUUAAACACCCUUUAAGUAUAUCCUGUCUAU